AUGGGGAUCACCGACUUUUUCUCCGACCUCAUGGCCACUGUAGGCUUUCAUGAAGCUCACGCCGAAGCUCCCGCCGAGGAGGACGAAGACAACAAGGACGGAGGUGGUGACGAAGACAGAGAGGAGAAGUCAGUAGAAGGUGAUGGUGGAGGAGAGAAAGCAGAGGAGGGAGGUGAUGAAGGAGGCGAGAAGGAGGAGGAAGAAGGAGAAGAAGCAGAGGCUGAGGAGGAGGAGGAAGAAGAAGAUGAUGAGCCAGUAGAUCCGAAACCGAAGAUGGAAGCAGAAUGCGCCAAAUCUGCCCAAUGCGCCCCAUACAAGCACCACUACGAUGAAUGUGUCGAGCGAGUGACGGCCAUGCACGAAGAUCCAAAUUACAAGGGACCCAAGGAAGACUGCGUGGAAGAGUUCUUCCAUCUCCAACAUUGCGCAACGCAAUGCGCCGCACCCAAACUCUUCAAGGCCCUUAAGUAA